UCGGAGAGCCACUUUUGCGGCGCAAAAAUCAGCAUUUUUAUUUAUAUUAAUUAUCGAAUUGCAUCAAGAAUUUAUCGUCAAAUACACAGUUAAGGUAAGGGCGUAAGUUAACCCUACGGAAAUUCUGGAAAGUGAUUAUUUAUUAUGUUCAUAUUUCCUUCUAAAUCACAGCCAUGUUGAAGUAGUGUUGAAUGUAUAAGUUCUCGUCAAUAUAACGUUCUAUAAAAGUUAAAAGUUGUUCACAAAUAAAAAUGUGACAGACCCAAGUUUCGUUUGUGUUGUGAUUAUAAAAGUUGAAAGUCUUUACAAUAUGAAAAGUGUUAUAAAGUGCCAACGAUUCUUGCGUCGAGGCGUCAUCUUUAAGGGAUGGAUUCUGAAGAUUCUCGUGAUGGUAGUGGUGAUGCUCGUUCAUCAUCAAGUAGUAGCAGUUCCAGUUCAAGAAGCCGUAGAAGUUCUUCAUCGGAUAGGAGUGAUAGUUCUAAAAAAAAUCCAAAGACACCUCCUAGGUCUCCCCCAUCUCCUAGAACUGGACCAAGGUCACCCUCUCCUGAUGGUCACUCUCAGUCUCUACCUGCACGGUCACCCUCACUCACCAAAGCACCAAGGUCACCUGAGGACUUGAUAGGAGAACAUUCAGAUAUAAAUUCUCCAGAGAAUUCAAUGCCUGCAUCACCAGUUGGACCUAAAUCACCGGAUCCACCGAAAUCACCCAGUGAGGUUGGUUCAAAUAUAGGCUCUCCUGAAAGACCUGAGCAGUAUUUUUCAGCUCCUCCCUCAGCUGGUGAAGGUCCAAAAACACCUCAAAGUCCAAGCAGUUCUGCCAGGUCACCAGGUGGUUCACCAAGGUCUCGUCCAGCUUCACCUGAUUCAGCAUCACAACCAGCAUCUCCAAUUACAAGAAAUCCUAAUAUACGAUCACCAUCUUCAAGUCCGUCACCUGAUCGUAAAUCAUCACAGUCUCCACAUCCUCAGUCACCUUUAAAAAAGAAUCUUUGGGAAGAAGGAAGUCCAAAAGAAACAUGGAGGAGACAUACAAAAGCUGAACAAAAAAUGGUUUUAGUUACAAGAAAUCGUAGUGGAUCAGAUUCAAGUCAGUCUAGCAGGAGUUCUACAUAUAAUAAACAUAACAGUUUAAAAGAUCCAGCUACUGAAGAAAUAUCUGAUGGUGAAAUGGAGUCUGAUCAAGAUGACAGAAAAUCAAUAACUAAAUCUAUCACUAGUGAUAAGCAACAUGGAAAAGAUCUUAACAUAAGUCAUGAGGAUUUAUCUGAUGUAUCAGAUUUAGAUUCUGUGGGACCAGAAGAAACUGACAAGGAUAUAAAACCCAAAUCACCACCUGCUUCUCCAGAACAUAAACCAGACAUCAGUGUAAAUGGCAAUAAUAAUGAAAGUUCACAUUCAUCUCCAAAAUCUGAUCAUGGGAAAAUAGAAACACCUAAAUUAGAAAAAGUGCCACAAGAAAAAACUAGUAAUACUGAAGAUGGUGAAGAGCAAUUGGAUUUUGAAGCAGAAGAAGGAGAGUGCAUAGAGCCUAAAUCAGUUGAACAACAGAAUGGCGAAAUGGACUCAAAAGGUGUUGAAAAAGAAGAAGUAAAAGCCGGUCGGCGGUCGCGGGGGUCGUCGCUCGAGGAGGGCGAAGUCUCGGACGAGGCCGAGCGGCGCCCCGAGGAGACCGAGCCCCGGCCUGUCUGCCGGUUCUUCUCACGCGGCGCUUGUAUGUGGGGCGUCAAUUGCAGAUUUCUACACCCAGGUGUGACCGAUAAGGGUAAUUACAACAUGUUUGACGUGGUCCGCGGCGUGCCUGCCUCCGCGCCCUACACCGCGCCGCCGCGUGACGUCGCGCCGCCAGAGUCGGCCUGGGAGCGCGGACUGCGAACUGCUAAAGAGAUGUUGCGGAUAGCGAACAAGCGCAAGGAGCAGGACAUGGACUUCGAGGAGAAGAAGCUGCACCUGUCGGUGGGCGGCGUGGUGCACGACCCGGACGCGGAGCUGGCGUACGCGGCCGCCGCCGUGGGCGCCUCGCCGCCGCACCCCCACGACCUGCCGCCCGCGCACCGCGAACAGGAACUCUUCCGACCAUACGGCGCCAUGUAUCACGGUCGUUUCCCACGCGGUGUGGUGGACGAACGGUACUAUGAGCGCGAGCGGAGCUUCAUGCGGGAACGCAUGGGGUACGAGCGCCCACCGCCCUACGACGAUCGUGUGCCGAUGCCGGACGACGUUGCUUAUCACAAGAGACGCGUUCGGUCGUCACGAGAGGUAAUCGUGCAGCGUGCAGAAGUGGAACGCAGGUCUCCUCGGGAGGGUCGAGAACUGCGCGAGGGGAGGGAGGUCAGGGAGGGGCGGGAGGGGCGCGGGACUCGGGGCGAGGAGUGGGCGGACCCGUGGAUGCGGGCCGAACCCACCGCACGCCGACGCAGGCCGCCCUCUUCUGAUGACUCAUAUUCCUCUUCAAGCUCUUCAAAUUCCAGUUCGCGGAGUUCGCGAUCCCAUACGGCACGUCGUAAGAGGCGAGCGUCUUCGUCGUCGAGACAAAGGUUGUCACCGUCGGUGAUAGUACGGGAGCGGCGCAUGGCGUCGGCGCGCGCAACCGCCAUGAACCCUCCAGCGCCGCGGCGCCGGGCUCCCUCGCCGGCCGCCGCCCGACAGCUGGCGGCCAACCCGCCGCCGCCCGCCUCGCACAGGCACAAGGAUGAAUUGGAUCCAUAUGGGCGCAGUAAAAUGUCCAGUCGUGAUAGAGAUAGGAAAAAAUAUUCAAGAUCUUCAUCAUCAGGCUCAGAGUCGUCAUCAUCAUCAAGCGAGUCAGAGAGUGAGUCACACUCAUCAUCGACCUCGGGUAGCUCGGGAGCACGGCGAGCGAGACAUGCGAGACUGCUCAACGCAGCCGCGCGGCCUAGGUUAAAUGCAAAAUCGAGUGCCGGUUUAGCGGCGGCAGUGUCUACUAUAGCAAGUAAAAAGGAAACUCAAACUGAGAAAGAAAUUACUGGGAAGAAACGACCAGCCCUGUCACCACCAGAUUCAGCUCCGGCCAAAAAAUCUGUCUCAAGAAGAGAAGAACUGUUAAAACAGCUGAAGGCCGUCGAAGAUGCGAUAGCUAGGAAGAGAUCAAAGAUAUAACCAUAUUAUGAGUAUAUGGAAUUGUGUAGCAUUUGUAUAGUUCAAUAAUAGACGAGCCCAGCUUCAACUGCAGUGACAGUUUGUAUCAUACGGGUUUGUGAUCGUGACGUAUUUUAGGCCUAUUAUAGUUCAUGUUGCGUAGGAACGUAAUUUGUUGAGGUCGUACAAAUAAGCAUUUAAGAUAUUUGUGAUGUAUGUAUAUAGCCCGAUUUGAAAUCAUGCAUUGCCCCUGAUCUGAAUUUAAAAUUUAUCUUAGCUUGGCACUUUUUUAUAUGCUGUAUAAAUUAUUUCUUGUCAUGAUAUUUUUAUGUAUACGAGAAAGGAGCAAGAAAGAAUUUCAACUUUGACUGAGAAUGCAAUAAAGUGGAAGAUUAUAUUUUCAUAUUCUUUGACCAUCACAAAGCGAAACCUAGUUCAGUAGGUUUCCUGAUAAUAUCUGUGUAUGUAAGAAACAAAUAAAAAUGAAUACAUAAUUUUUAUAUUA